AAAUUGGAUGAUUUCUCUUUGUUUUGAUGAAAGAUGAUGAAGCUCCUCCUCCUCCUCUCUCUCUCUCUCCAAUCAUUCUUUCAUUUUGAGUCUUUGACUCUGAACUCUUCCCGCCAGCUGAAAGUCUUCCUGAGUUUCCCUUGAGACGCAACUGAAUUCACAAGCAGAUCUUGUUGAUGGCUCCGAAUAGAGAGAGAACAUCAGGAACAACCUACCAGGUCUUCCUGAGCUUCAGAGGACCCGACGCCCGUCAGGGAAUCACGGAUGUCCUGUACUAUGCUAUCAUAGAUGCAGGAAUUCGUGUCUUCAGAGAUGAUGAGGAGAUCCAGAAAGGCGAGGAUAUUGGUGAAGAAAUCCUGAGAGCCAUCGAGGAAUCCAGGAUCUUCGUGCCAAUCUUCUCCAUCAACUAUGCUUCCAGUAAGUGGUGCCUGAUCGAACUCGCCAAGAUGUUCAAGUCCUAGAAGGCAUCGAUUGGCAAGAAGAUAAUUCUGCCCAUUUUCUAUGACGCGUGCACGAUGUCAAGUUCAAGACGAAGCUGUAUGCUGAAGCUCUGAGUACACUCGAACACAAGAAGAAGUGCAGUCACAGAGAAGUGAAGCAAUAGAAGAAGGCUCUUCAAAAAGCUGGAAAAAUCAAGGGAUAGGAACUGAAGGAAAAAUCAAGGGAUAGGAACUGAAGGAUGAAGGCCAUGGAGAAUUUGCUAGGUUCUUUGCCAGAGAGGUUUCCAUGAAGUUGAAGGUGAAACAUAAAUGUGGGAAGGACUAUCUAGUUCAAAGGGAUGAUCAAGUGGAAGAUCUUGUUAGACAAAUUUUUCAAAUAAAAUGGGCCUAAUUCGGAUUUGAGUUCAUGGAUUACUGAGCCUUUGUCUUUUAUAAACUUUUCCCAUUUUUUCUUUUCAACCGGUGUGGGGUCCCACACUCCCCAACACCCGCCCUCACUACGAAGUCCCGACAUCGGACACAAUGGGUGCCUGCUCGAGGCGCACGCUACGCUUAUACUCGAGCCAACAGGUCGUAUAGACUCACGCAUACGCGCUCUACACCGCAGGAAGGCAGCCUUACACGCCCAGAAUUGUAACCAUGGGCGCUGAUACUAGUUAGAUAAAUUUUUCAAAUAAAAUGGGCCUAAUUUGAAUUUGAGCUUAUCUGCAAUCAAAAAACUUAAACCAAUAAGUUACUGAGCAUUUUAUCUUUUAUAAACUUUCCCCAUUUUUUUCUUUUCAACCGGUGUGGGACACUUUGUUCUCUCACACUCCCCAAUUUUCUUUAACAGAUUCAGAAUCUAGCAGGGGAUGCUAGUUGGUUUGGUUGUGGAAGCAGAAUUCUUUUCACUACUUGGGACCAGCGUGUUCUAGAGAUCAAACGAUAGAGAGUUCCCAUUUUGGAAGUGGAGGAAAUGAAACCUGAAGAAGUUCUUCGACUUUUCAGCAUGCAUGCCUUUGAAAAGGACUUCCCUCCGAACCCACCUCAGACUCACACAGAAGGCUGUUGCAAGUAGCGGCGGACUUCCUUUGGCUUUGGAGGUCUAAGGUUCACUUCUUCGGGACAAGUGUUGUAAAGAAUGGGUUGACACAAUCAAGAGGUCGGAGAGGGUACCUCAACCAGAUGUCCAAGAAAAUCUAAUGAUUAGCUACGAAGCUUUAGAUCCUAGGACAAAACAGAUAUUUCUCGACAUUGCGUGUUUUUUCAUCAACCAUGACAAAAGAUAUCCAAGUUACAUGUGGAAAGCUUGUGAUUUCGAUCCAAAGAUAGGACUGAAAGUGCUCUUCCACAUGUCCAUGGUAAAAAUCAUAAAAGAUUACGGAAUGGAAGAAUUAUGGAUCCACGAUCAGCUGCGGAACCUCGGAAGGAAAAUCGUCACUGAUGGGAGUUUCAAGAACAUUGUAAAUUGCACCAGAUUAUGGAUGCCCGAGGAUGCUUUAGAAGUGCUCCAGCAAAAUGAGGACAAAUGAAACAUUGGGAUGCUGUGCGCUCACUCUUAUGAUUACUUAAAAGAUGAGGGAGAUGGAUACAUCUUCAAGCAGAAAGAACUUUCAAGUCUCCGAAACUUGAGAUAUCUGGAAUGCUUUGGAGCAAACAUUUCAGGACACCUGAAGCAUCUUCUGCCGAAGCUAAUGUGGCUUUCUUGGCGACAUUGCCCCAGGAAAUUCAUGGGAACUGAUUUAUAUUUGAGGAUUCUUGUCAUUCCUGACCUCUCGUGGAGUUCUGUAAGCGAAACUUGGGGUGGAUGGAGCCAGAUUAGGACGAGAAACAGCUUGAAAGUUCUUGACCUUAGAUGUUGCGAUGGCUUGAUAAAAACGCCCGAUUUUUCUAAGUAUUCGAGUCUAGAGAGGUUGAUUCUUGAGGAGUGCACAAACCUGGUUGAAAUAGAUCCAUCGAUCGAUAUAAACACUGUCAAAUUACGUCAAAGAAUUGGACGACCAAUGAAGCUUGUGUUCCUCAAUUUUGGUAGUUGUGAAGGGUUGGAGAAGCUUCUAGAUUCACUGGGGAAUCGAAGAUCACUGGCUGAGUUGGAUCUAUCGGAGACACGAAUUACUGAACUACCUGAUACUAUUAGGAAUGUAAAGAAGUUGGCUAGGUUGGAUCUAUCAUGUAUAGGAUUUAUUGAACAACCUCAUACUAUUGGGAAUCUAAAGACGUUGGUUGGGUUGGAUCUAUCAUGUACAGGAAUUACUGAACUACCUUAUAUUAUUGGGAAUUUAAAGAAGCUGGCUAGGUUGUAUCUAUCAUGUAUAGGAAUUACUGAACUACUUGAUACUAUUGGGAAUCUAAAGAAGCUGGCUGAGUUGGAUCUAUCGGAAGCAUGAAUUACUAAACUACCU